CGACAAUCACAGUCAUUAUCCAAUGAGCUGCUCCGCACCAAUCUAAGAUUAAAUCCUGACCGUCCAUCUCAUCUUCUCCGCCUUAAAGUCUCCAAUUCAGGGGUAAAAUCGGAAAUCGGAAAAUAAAAAGCCUCCGUCUCCUAUAAAUUUAAAAGUCGCCGAAAAACCCCAAACAGUCAAAGAGAGAGAGAAAAGGUUUUUUAGAGAGAGAAAGUUCUAGAGAGAGAGAGAGAGCUAAGAGAAGAAGAAGAAGAAGAAGAAGCUAUGUCGGGUGGUAUUGCUCGAGGUCGUCUUGCAGAAGAGCGAAAGUCAUGGCGUAAGAACCAUCCUCAUGGUUUUGUUGCUAAGCCGGAGACUUUGCCUGAUGGUACGGUGAAUUUGAUGGUGUGGCAUUGCACUAUUCCUGGCAAGACCGGCACUGACUGGGAGGGAGGUUGUUUCCCACUUACACUUAACUUCAGUGAAGACUACCCAAGUAAGCCACCAAAGUGCAAGUUUCCACAAGGUUUCUUCCACCCGAAUGUCUACCCCUCAGGAACUGUUUGCCUAUCAAUUCUUAACGAGGACAGUGGAUGGAGACCAGCUAUAACAGUUAAGCAAAUACUGGUUGGUAUCCAAGACUUACUCGAUCAGCCAAAUCCUGCUGAUCCUGCACAAACAGAAGGUUACCACCUCUUUAUUCAGGAUGCUACAGAGUACAAGAAAAGGGUCCGACAGCAGGCCAAGCAAUAUCCUCCACUGGUCUAAAAAGCCUCGUUCGAUGAGACGCAGCAGGCCAAGCUAUGCUGUUUCGGGUUUAUCAUCAGCUGCAACCACUUCUCUUUUUAUUGUUAAGAACACUUUUUCAUUAAGAGAUUGUUUUUUCUUUUUCUUUUAUAUGAAAUUUGGAAUUUUAUGAUUGGCGGCGUCCAAGUAUAGACUGGGGCUGUGAUCUGUUUUAACUUUCAGUGGUUGAAUUAACUUAUGUGUUAAUAUCAUCAUCAGUAUAAUACUAGUCUUCCAAUUAUACA